GCUCCAGCAAGUCUGUCCUGUAACAUGAAGCUGCUUAUUCUGUCCUGCCUCUUGGGGUUGAGCCUCGCGGCCACCCCUAUUGUGCCCAUCCAGAAAUAUUACCACGAGUCCGUUGGUAUUCUGGAGGCAGCCAGGAUCAAGGCAGCGGAGGAGGCUCAAGACUUCGAUGGCAGCAGGAUUGUGGGGGGCUCCGCGGCGGGCCUGGGACAGUACCCCCAUAUGGGAGGACUUGUCAUCACCUUGACUACUGGUCAGACCUCUGUCUGCGGGUCAUCUCUUAUCUCCAACACGCGUGCCGUCACCGCUGCCCACUGCUGGUUCGACGGGCGCAACCAGGCUAGUCAGUUCGUCGUGGUCCUCGGCUCCCUGGCUCUCUUCUCCGGCGGCACCCGCGUCACCACCAGCAAUGUGAUCAUGCACGAGGACUGGGACCCCAACCGGAUCCAAUUCGAUGUUGCCAUCAUCAACCUGAACUUCGUCAGCUUCUCUAACACCAUCCGCGCCAUCGCUCUGCCCUCUGGCACGCAGCUGAACAACGACUUCGUUGGCGUCACCGCCCAGGCUGCAGGCUUCGGACGCCAGAGCGACUGGGCCGGCAUCGGUCAGAACCAGCAACUCCACCACGUGUCACUGCGUGUGAUCUCCAACGCGGAGUGCCAACGCUUCUUCGGUAGCACCAUCAUCGCCUCCACACUCUGUAUCGACGGCUCUGAUAGGAGGUCUACCUGCGGUGGGGACUCCGGCGGCCCUCUUGCCAUCAACCAGAACGGACAGGAUGUACUGAUCGGUAUCACGUCUUUCGGUUCCGCCUUCGGCUGCACCAUCGGGUUCCCCGCUGGGUUUGCCCGUGUGACCUCCUUCACAUCCUGGUUCAACGCGCGUCUUUAAACCAAUCCUGCUGGAAUCCUGAGAGAUAUAAAGCAGACCGCUACGGUCUGCCUCUGAGAAAUAUUUACUUUGUAAAUAAUAAAAUA